CUGUCUGAUGAAGAAAGCUGCAGAAUAUUAAAGGCAAGCGAUCGCGUCAACGUCUCAGAAAUGGUAGGGAAUAAAAGUGCCUCGUUAUCUUUGAACAGCACUUAUGGGACGGACUUUUACGACUGGUGUACAGAAUACCCUACUGUGCCGCUUAUCUGGUCAACAGUUGCUUCGUUAUGUUUCCUCUUGGGAUUUCCAGCCAGUCUGUGGGUCCUACAUGAUCUCGUCCAGAAGCAAAGACAAAAGUCUACCAGCGACUUCUUCAUGCUCAGUCUGUCUGUCAUCGAUCUCACUUUCACGGCUCAGCUCCCAUUCAUCGUGUGUAAUUUCCUGCUAUGGCAUAAUCAGGAGUUCCAAAUUAUUUUAGUCCUGAUCUACAGCUUAAGCCUCACUGGCAGACCUCUGUUUAUGGCUUGUAUCUGUUGGGACUGUUAUGUCGCCGUGGUUUACCCCAUCACAUACAAAACCAGUAAGAAGCUUAUUGUAGUUAAGAAAACACUCACAAUAACAAUCUAUUGCAUUACAGCGGUUGCUGGACUGACGGUCUGCAACCUUCCCUGGUUGAUUACAACUCCUUACAUAGCGAGUCCUUUCAUGUUGGCACUACCCGUCAUCACCUUCUGUGAUAUUUCAAUAUAUCAAGCCUUGAGAAAACCAGAUCCGAGCGGAAACAACAGAAUCCAUCCCCAGAAGAAACAAGCUCUUCACACCAUCUCCGCCAGCUUCAUCAUGACCUCCGUCGUCUACAUUCCACCAACGAUCAUUUUCUCAUUAGGGAAACUGCUCUCGCUCGGAGAAACCGAGAUCUUUUGUUGCAUAUCUCCGUGUGCGUUUAGUUUUACGACUGCUGGAUGCGUCAUCAUGCCUAUUCUAUAUCUGCGCUCUGUGGGUAAGCUGGACACGCUGAAGAAAUGGUGGAAGAAAUGAACUUUCAUCUACG